AUGGCACCCCCCCAGAAGCUCCGCGUCGGCAUCAUCGGCGCCGGCGAAGUCGCCCAGGUCAUCCACCUCCCCACCCUCGCCCUCCUCUCCCACCUCUACACCGUCACCACCAUCUGCGACCUCUCCCCCACCCUCGCCGCCCACUGCGCCGCCAAAUUCCACAUCCCCACCACCGCCCCCCACCCCGCCUCCGUCUGGACCAGCCCCGCCGUCGACGUCGUCUUCGUCCUCGCCGCCGACGAGUGCCACGCCGCGCACUGCGUCGCCGCCCUCGCCGCCGGGAAGCGCGUCUUCGUCGAGAAGCCGUUGACGCUGUCGGUGGAGGGGGCGGGGCGGGUGGUCGAGGCGGAUAGGAUGGCAGGGGGUGGCAGGACUUUCGUCGGGUACAUGCGGCGGUAUGCGCCGAGCUUCGUGGGGGCGUUUAAGCGCGAGGUCGUCGCGGGCGUGGGCGAGGUGUUGUAUGCGCGGGUAAGGGACUUUAGCGGGCCGAAUGGGGCGUUUGUCGGGGGGAGCGGGACGUUUCCGGUCAAGGCGGCGGAGGGGGAGGGGGUUGCGGCCGGGCGGGCUGCCGGGGAGGAGAGGAAGGCGUUGUUGGAGGGGUUGGUGGAGGAGGCGUUUCCCGGGAAAGGGGUCGUCGUGGCGGAUCAGGCCGGGCGGGAUGAGAGGUACGACUUGUGUCGGUUUUUGGGGAGCUUGGGCAGCCACGAUUUGUCGCUGAUGCGGGAGGUGCUGGGGUCGCCGGAGAGGGUGGACGGCGUCAGCGCGAACCAUCCGUUUUAUUCGGCGAUUUUCGCGUACAGGAACAAGGAGGAGCUGGGGGGCAGGCCGUUCGCGGUCACGUAUGAGAGCGGGAUUGAUGGCGUGCCCGAGUUUGACGCGCAUUUGGCCGUGUAUGGCAGGAACAAGCGCGUGGAGAUCAGGUACGAUUCGCCGUACGUGAAGGGGUUGCCGAUCAAGGUGCGGACGGUGGGGGUGAACGAGCAUGGCGAGGUGGAGACGAAGGAGGUGCUGUCGAGCUAUGAGGAUGCGUAUACGGCGGAGCUGAAGGAGAUGCACAGGUGCUUUACUGAGGGAGCACCCAUCAAGACGACGCCCGAGGAUGCGAUGGAGGACUUGAAGCUGUUUGACAUGAUUUACAAGAAGUACGACGAGUCUGUGAAGAGGUAG